AUGCUGUUUCGGGCCGACUCAUCGGGACCCGACGAUGAGGACGAGCGCACGCCGCCUGCCGACCGCGGUGCGGACGUGUCAACAGCGCGGGACGGCGCACUCCCGACGCCCGACGAGCGCCAAGAACGUUUCCGGAUCCUUCAGGCCGAGGUGAUGGAAAGGCACGAGGAACGGCUGCUCCGCAUGGCCCAGCUCGCCGCCACGAAAGCGGAGCGCGAGAACCGACUGAAGGCCCGGCUCGGAAACCUGGAGAAACGGAUCGAAGCGGUGCGAGGUGCGGAGGGCGUCGAUGGCGGGGCGCUGAAGCGGCUACGGGAAGAGGCCGAGCGGUUGCGGGCACGGCGAGCCCAGGACGACGGAGGCCGGACGGCGGAGCGGGACGGGGGGGCUGCAGCGGUGCAGCACGGCGCGCACCAGACGGAUGAGGAACGCCGUGCGCAAUUCGACAUCCUUCAAGCGGAAGUGAUGGAGAGGCACCGAGAGCGGGUGCUCCGCAUGGCCGAACUCGCCGCCGGGAAAGCCGAGCGCGAUCGCGGGCGACGGCGCGCCGCAAUUACGGAAGCACCGCGAGGCGCGGAGACUGACGAAGCGAAUCGGGAGCGGGCGGGAGCCCAGGAGAUGAGGGCCGCUGAGGACGCGCAGCGACGCCUGGCCGAGGCGGCCGAGCGGAUGCGGAGAGCGGCGGAGGGAGCACGGGCGCAGGCGGUGGAGGUCGAGAGAAGGAGGUCGGCCGAAGAGCGGGCCAAGGAGGCCGAGCGGAGGCGGAGAGCGGCGGAGGAUGCCGGACGCAAGGGACGGGGCAGGGGGUCUCCGAGUGCGGCGCCUGCAGAGACGGGCGAGAGGGCGUGGAAGCGCAUCGCCGCAGAGACGAGGCGCAAGCACGCCGAAGAUGUCGAGCUGAAGCGCCUCGCCGAAGAGCGCUCGAGGGAACGAGCACGAGCGAUGGAGGACCAUAUGCGGCGCCUCGCCGAAGACGCCGCGCUGAAGCGUCAGGCAGAAGAGAAGCGACUGGCAGACGAGGCCGUGCGGAAGCGCCUGGCAGAACAGAAACGAAUCGCCGAAGAGACCGAGCGCAGGCGUCUGAUGAAUAAAGCACGAGCGGCAGAGAGGCGUCUCGCCGAAGAGACCGCACGGAAACGGAUGACCGAAGAGAAGCGACUAGCCGACGAGGCCGUGCGGAAGCAGCGAGCGCCGGAUCAGUCGAGGCUCCAGGACGAGAAGCUGUUGGAGACGCUGGACAAGCUAGGAAAGGAAGCCAAAAGGCAUUUCAUCCUCAGAAAGACCACAUCAGACAACGCCACGCUCUCCAAGCUCGGCAUCCGAGGCAUCGAAGGGAUUCCUCUGACGCAGCCGAUCAUAAAGCAUCUGCUUCUCAUGUAUCAUCCGGAUAGAUAUCGAGCGGGAAGAACGAUAUACCCGCGGGGCUUUACGGCUGAGAACGUCAAGGCCGUAUCGCAGUUUCUCACCGCAAGACUGCGAAAUCCCGACGUCCUGCUCGACAAUGAGCGGGGUCCCGAUGCCCUCCUCAGCAUCCUCCGGGUGUUGAGAAAGUCGAAGGUCGACUCGACGAGCACCGAGGGGGUGCAAUUGGCAGCGUGUGCGCGCCUCGCCUCGCAAGCUGUCAUGUGCGUACUGACGAAUCACUGGGACGGGACACUGGCACCGGAUCGGGUAGACGCACUCCGACGGUGUAUGACUCAGAAUACGCAUCUGCUGUUCAGCGAGAUCAGAAAGUGGUUCCUAGUGGAGCACGACGAGGGAGUAUACUGCUACUACCUGGGAAUGGUUAGCAGGACCAUCCUCCGGGAUGAAGCCCUCGCAACGGACUGCCUGUCCUCUUGGAGGAAGAAAGACAAGAAGGUGCAGGUGAUCAUGGAAACCUUGUUCGACCUCGAGGACGGGUCGAUCAGGCCGACCAAAGCGCUGACGAAGAAUCUGAGAAAGUCCUUGAAUCAGACUCUGAUGGAGACUGGUACCCCGAAGGACGAGGACAUGUGUCCGAAGAUGUUAGCGGGUUUAACCGUAGCACGGCUCGUGUGUGCCUCUUGCGGCGAGGCUAGGAAGGCGUCAGAGCAAGGAGAUCGUGCUUCUUUCGGAUCGCUAUGGUCGUGCUCCUGGAGCAGAAGAGUCGCGUACUGCAGUAAGGAGUGUCGGAGAGACCACUGGCCCGAGCACAAGAGCAGCUGUGUGAUGAGAGCAGAGUGA